AUCCCCUGGAAUAAUUUUUUGUUAAUCUAAUAAUUUCAACAGUUCUAAAAUAACAAAAUAAUUUAAUGUGCUAUGACAAAAAAACGUAUUUUCACCAAAUAUUGCUCAAUUUAUAUAAACACUGUAAAAAUUUUCGGAGUGAGCGCGAUAUUAAAAUUGAAGUAAAUCUUCUCAGAGUGAAAUUUAAUAAAGAGGAGUGCGAAUAGUAUUCGAAUCGAAUCGAAUCGAAUAAUGACAUUCGAUUCGAAAUUUGAAUCGAACAUUCGAAUAAUUCGAAUAGUUCAAAUAAGGGUCUUGUGCUCUUAAAUUAAUCGAUUUCGAUGGAAAAGUUGUCUUGUUCGGCUGUAUUCGACUCAAUUUGAAUAUAUUUUUCAUAGAACUCAUUACUAAAAUAAUAAAAUUUUAUUGUUAAAAAAGUGCCAUCUGGUCAUAUCCGGAAUGAAAAGAUGUUGCUGUAACAAUCGGUCCAGACGUUCACUUUUUCUCUGACAAUGGCACUUUAUUGAGACGCAUAAAAAAUCGAAACUCAAUGGAAUUUUCUGCUAUGGCUUUCGAUAAUAUAUCUCACACGUUAUUUGUUGGUGACUCAAGUAAUCAAGCAGUAACAAUAUUUUCGAAAAAUCUACAAUCUGAAGAUCCUCAAAUGAAUAUUUUAUUUAACGGUAAAAGUGAUACUUCGACAGUUGUGGAUAUAGCCUAUGAUCAAUCAUCACAGUGCCUAUUUUGGUCAGAUAGUAGAAAACAAGUGAUUUAUAAAAUGAAUAUUAAUUCAUUAAACGGUUCUGAUUCGCCAAAGAUAAUUUUACGAUUAAAAAAUGAAAACCCUAACGGAUUGUCUUUAGAUAUAUGUCAUCAACGAUUAUAUUGGGCAAAUAGCAAUGAAUCAUAUCCCAGUAUAUCAAGUGCAAAUCUCGAUGGGACAAAUUAUUCUAUAAUAAUUGACAAAGAUUUACAUCAACCAAUUGCAGUAACUGUUGAUCAUUUAUCUCAACAAUUAUAUUGGAUUGAUGAUGAAGAAGGAAUUAAUUUUAAAAUUGAACGCAGCAAUUUAGAUGGUACCGGACGUGAGCUAUUGAUACGUGGAAGACAUCAACAGCCUUUCAAUAUUGCUAUUGAUCACUCUAGGAUUUACUGGUCAGAUUGGGUUUAUAAAGCUGUUUGGAGUAUAGAAAAAAAUACACAAUUAGUAAAAGUUCCUAAAAUAUGGAAAUCAUUUCGUGAUAGCGAUAAAAAUGCUUAUCCUACAUCAAUAAUUACAUACAAUAAUAUUGCUGAAAUCGAAUGUACUACUUUACAGAGUGGAACAUUCUCUAAUUAUUCAUUAUCAAAUGAUAACAACGAAAAAAAUAAUAUAUCGUUCGAAAGCAAUCCAGUGCAUAAUUAACCAUUAAAUAAAAACUCACAAAUAUGUUUGAAUGGUGGACACUUGAAUAAUAUAAGCAAUACUUGUUAAUGCGAUUUUGGGUACAGUGCUCCGCCCCUCCCCCUAAGAUAUCCCUCUGUAAAAUAUCAUUUCCCCUCAUUUUACUACCAUUUCCCCUCAAUUCAAUUUUUCCACUACACUCAGUGGAAUUUACUUGCGCAUGCGCUUGAACCGCUAUUAUAAGUCAGCUGUUUACAUACACAUAGAUAUACUUAUAGAUAGUAAGACUGCGCAUGCUUAUAUUGUUAAUAACUGCACUGUAAUAAUAAAAUUCAAAUUUUUCGUCUUUGGCGUAUAUGUUACUUUAUCCGCGAACCUUUUUUUGAGUCAUAAUAACUAAUUAUCUGGCGUUAUUUGGGUGGACUUCGUUUUGAUGCGUGAGAUUGAGACUAGAUUGUAGGGGUGUGCGAAUAAUUCGAACUUACGAAUUAUUCGUUCCGAAUCGAAUAAUACUAUUCGAUUCAAAUUCGAAUCGAAUACUUCAAAAAAUUUCGAAUAAUUCGGAAAUCAAGUCUGUCAGGGUU